AUGGCCACUGUAAGUUCGGUACAAAUUCCACGUAGGGUUUCUGUAAGUGAGGAUGACGUGUUUGCGUUCUCACUACAGCAGCGCCUACUACAAGAUAUCCACAACAAAGAGCUAGACGUACCGAGUGGUGAUAUAACGGACAGUGAAAAUGAGGACAUUAAUAUACCGGACAUGUUGAGAUCCCCAUUGCUUUCGUCUUGCAGGGCAGACCAACACCCUGCCGAGACGAUAGAUGACGACUACAUGAUAGACCAGUACGCUUUGUCGAGCACUCCCGCUACCACACGCAACACACAGCCGUUCUGGGACAGUCCGUCCACCUGUAUAUACGACAACUACGCUAACGCCGCACAGACAAACUACAAAGUGUGGCUGUCCUCAUUUUAA